GCAGUCAGAUGCAUUCAGGUUUGGCCGUAAUUGCAGUCAGGUACAUUCAGGAAAGGGCUAGUGCAAGUUUUUUGUUAUUAUUAUUAUUAUUUAUUUAUUUAUUUUGGGAGGGGCGUAUGACGGGAGGAUGGGCAUAUGGCGAGGAGAGGGGGAUAUGGAGAGGAGGAGGAUGUGGACGAGGAGGAGGAUGUGGACGAGGAGGACGAUGAGGAUAGCGAGGACGAGGAGGGCAACGAGGAGGAGGAGGAGGAGAGAUGGGGGAGGAGAAGAGAUGGACAGAGGGAAAAGAGGAAGGGCAGGAGGAGGAGGACAAGUGGGAGGAGGAGACAUGGAUGGCGAGAAGGGAAGGACACGAGGAAGGGAAGGAGACCAGGAGGCAUGGAAGACGAGGAAAUACGAGGAGGAGGAGACAAGGAGGAUGAGGAAGUGGAGGAGGAGGAGGACGAGUCGGAGGAGACGAAAAGGAGAAGGGAGGAGGAGACAUGGAGGACGAGAAAGGGGAAGGAGGAGCGAGAGAGAUCUCAUCUAUCAGACAUCUAUAGGACGAAGAUAAAUGGGAGAUGGAAGAACGUUGAAGAACUGAGCCCAAAGCUGGUGCAUUUGCAUAAUAUCAAAGCGAAUCUGAAGAAGGUUAUUGAUGCCAUCCCGCGAGGCUGGAAACACCUGCUGGAAACUAACGGUUUGCGAAAGGGUGCCUAUUUGACCGAAAAAGGGGAUGAGGGCUUAGUCUUCAGGGGAUCUGGUGAACAGGUGAUUGCUUCCUCGGCGGUAGACUGCGGAGACUGGUGGGAGUCGUGGAGAACAGAGUCAAUUGCUCUCUCUGCGGUGCUCUGGGGAGAGUGACUUCGGUCCUGCGCUCAGAUCCUCUCCAUCUGCCGAUUCAUCGACAGUGAAGCUCAGGAGGUGGUUCCCUCCUCCUGUCUCCCAUAUCUGACAUAUAGGCAUGAGAAUGGCAUGAACUAUGCCAGGGUACUUCCCCAGUUGAUUGUAGGCUCCUGCCCACAGGGUACUUCGACUCCCAAGGGGGCUGAAGCGACAGCCAUUGGAGGCAUAGGGAGGAAGAUUGGGCGAGAUGACGACGAUGAGGAGGAGGAGGAGGAGGAGAAGGAGAGCAUGAAUGGGAAACCUAGCGGUGUCAGUUCUGCAGUCGAGGAGAAGGAACCGGAUACCAUGAUCAAGAAGACCGAAAGCUACACGACAACUAUGCAGAACCGCAUGGGAGGAGAUUUUGACCCUUUCUCCUUGAGGAUGACGCUCCCGGAGGCAGUUGCGGCUCUCUACCACGGAAUCCAGAAGAACGGUGGCACUGCAUAUGUCCACUGCACAGCAGGACUUGGCCGUGCGCCGGGAGCGGCGCUUGCAUACAUGCAUUGGGUGCUCGGGUUCACGUUGGAGGGUGCUAAUACUGUUCUCCAGAGCGUAAGACGUUGUCAUCCGAAGCUUGACGCCAUUCGAGAAGCCACAGCAGACCUGCUUACCGAUGGAUCUACGGAAGAGGUGCACCUCUACUGGCACAAGGGAGGAUGUUGUUCAAAGGUGGAGAUCGCAGGACUGGACAUCGGAUGGCAUAACCGAAUUCCUCUGGAGCAUCACCGGAAGGAGGGGCGAUGGGUUCUGACGCGUAACUUACCGAUUGGGAGAUACCUGUACAAAUACGUUGUGGAUGGAAAAUGGACUUAUAAUCCUGAUGCUCCAUUGACGAAGCCUGACAAAAGUGGGAACGUCAAUAAUUAUGUGGAGGUUGUGGGAAAGAAAUUGGGAAGCGAGAAGUGGGCAGUUCGACGACGAGUCAUGCGUCCAGAUACACGGCUAACGGAUGAAGAACGUAUGAAGGUCAUCGAAAAGUUGGACGAGAUUGUGAGCCAGAGGGAGAAGGAUGCUGCGCUACGGGAAAUCUGAUCUUGGCACCUGCUUCCCUUUUAAGGACAAAAAAAAAAAAAAAAAAAAAAAAAAGAGAAGGAUGACAAGGCAACGGAGAAGGCACCUGUCUAGCCGAGGAAAGAUUGUGUGAUGCUGCCACGUGGAAGAAAACAACGAGAAAAGAAAAAAGAAAGGAAGGGAGUGGCAGAGGGCUAGAGCACCUCAGCAGCGCCUCGCAAAGGUCAGGUCACAAGAACGCCAAUGGUUGUUGCUCCUGCCCGUGAUAUAAACACACGUGAUUGAAAGAGGAAGUAGGACCUACUCGUGGGAGGUUGUCCAUGUGUAUACGCACCAGCAAGAACGGCUGCUAAACAGCAAUUGAACUUCUGCGUUCAUGCUCUCUCUCUCUCUCUCUCUCUCUCUCUCUCUCUCUGGUCGUUCAUCUCUCUCUCUCUCUCUCUCUCUCUCUCUCUCUCUCUCUGGUCGUUCAUCUCUCUCUCUCUCUCUCUCUCUCUCUCUCUCUCUCUCUCUGUCUCUCUCUCUCUCUCUCUGCGUGUGUGUGUGUGUGUGUCGGUGUGUGGCACACAUACUACACGCAUUGAUUAUCCUUCUGCCAACAGUUUUUUGAGCUUUUUCAUUUUUAAAGGAGUUUUUUGAAUUUUCAUUUUGUCCUGUAUACAAAUUGGUGUGAUUCCACUGGGAAGUAUUCCGAUCACAAGUUAUUAGGCAUUUGAAUUCUGGGUUCUGCAAGCUUUGUUAUUCUUCUUCUCAUUGGGGCCCCUUCUUUCUCUCCGGGACUUCUCUGGAAGGCCCGGAAAUGUAUACUUGUGUUUUUGUUGGAUAGGUAUGGCAGUUCGAGUACAAACUGUAUACUUGUGUUGUUAUUGGAUAGGUACGGCAGUUGAGUAAGGGCGCUCUCACUGAGCUCUUUUAACUGACCAUACCGGAUGAAUAUGGGCCUACCGACGUGACCGUAAUUGUAGGGAUUGUUUACUUUUGACAGUACAGAGGGCUACAGUUAAGAAAAUCUCUUGCAGUUUUUUUUUUUAACUGUCGAUACCAGUUCAAGUCAGACGAGCUCUCGACUUAGUGUGCGUGAUGUCGGUCAGGCCUGACAUCGACACGUUACGUCAGAAGUCCGAUUGCCGAUGAAGGCUCGUCGAUUGAGAAGGUAACCGCUGCAGGUUGCAGAGAAAAAGGUUCACGGCAAAGAUACAGUGGCGAUCGCAGAGCAGCCUUCAAGGCAUGCCUUCACCCCUCGAGUAACCGGAGGAGAGUAGGAACUCCCAGCACAGCUUCAUUCCAAGUAUUUGAGACAGGAUUUGGGACAGGAUUUGGGACAGGAUUUGGCACAAGAUUUGGGACUGAUAUACGGUGGAACGGCUGCAGGGAGUCGGUUACGGUUUUCAAAAACAUGUGGGCGUGCGAGAAAAAUCUGACAAACUGGGAUUGGUGAAAGCGAGACGGCGAAGUCUCGAGGGCGGCGAGGGGUUUUUUGAAGACUGAAACUGAGUUGAAUGGAACGGGUAGAAGGCAAGGCAAAAGUGGAUGAAUUGAUCUGACGAAUGGAGGAGACGGCAGCGGGUUGAGUGAGACGAGAUAUAUAUAUAUAUACAACUAUUAAGUUGGCACGCUUCGGCAAACCGGCAUCACUCGCGUAGUGAUAGGCACGAGCUAUAUACGGGUGGUGGACACAAGCUAUACACACGUUGACUCAGUGUGGAAAUUUGCAAAACCAGCGGCACAUCACUUGAGCAGCGCCGGACAGACGAGUUGUGGGAACACGUUUCGUGUUUCGUGAUUGCGUUCUUGUAUUCACUGUGAUAGUAAAAAGCUUAGUACAAG